CCCGGAAAUAACCACACGUGGUGGCGGGAGCGCCGGGGAACACUACCCAAAUUUAUUAAAAUUAAGUAGAUUACAAGAAAGUUUAAGGAGCGGUACAGAUAAUAACAAGCAUAAAGUCAAAAGCUGAUAAGAAACAAGAGUUUAACAGUUGAAGUUUUUUGAAGGUAUCCCGACUGUAGACGAAAUGGAUCUGUUAUAUCUGUUAUGGAACUGAAUAGCCUUUCGGAGAUAUUGUUGAUAGGUCUUUGCUUCCGGUUUAGAGGACCUAUAUCGUGCCAGUGCCGUAGCAAGUUUAUGUGGAGAGUCCAGUCUCGCAUCAACAGGGUAAAUGUAAUAGUCGUCUUCAUUUUGCGGGCGUCUAGAUUGACUUCUUGUGAUCAUCGGGUGUGAUGUGUAUCCCACCUCGUAGAAUAAUUGUUUGGGUUCUGGAGUUGCGUUACGGGUUGUUCCGAAGCAGCCAAAGUCAUGUCAUUGCCAUCAACACCGGUAACCAUUUGAUGAGUUUCCUCGGUUACCUCCUCGUUACGGUUGGCCAUCGGGGUUUUAUCUCAACCUAUAUUUAUAGGAGAGAUGUUUGAAAUGCCUAAUACAAUUAGGAAGCAGCUUAGGCGUGUGUGUGGGAUUAUUAGAGUUAGUUUAAAUGGACCUAAUUCUCUCUCAGCUAAAGUAAUUAAAUACAAAGACUCAUUAAAUAAAUUACAGAUAAAUUUGAACACAAUAAAAUAAUAUUCUAACACAUACUCGUAUUGUUCCUAUUCCCAAGAAGAUCAACCGGAAGUUUUUGAUGACUGGAGGCCCAUAUCCUUAUGUAAUGUGGUGUAUAAAUUUUUUCCCAAAGUGCUGGCCAAUCCAAUGAAGAGUCUUAUGCAUUUCUGUGUCUCGGAGCAACAAAGUGCCUUCAUCCCGGGAAGGUCGAUAGUUAAUAACAUCAUGUUGGCGUUCGAGUCUCAUCACUAUUUAAAGAGGAAGCGGCGGGGCAAGUUGGGAUAUGUGGCUUUGCUGCUCGAUAUGAGCAAGGUGUACGAUCAGAUAGAAUGGUCUUUGGAAGGGAUGAUGCACAAAUUGGGUUCUCUUGUAGGUGGGUUUGGAUAGUGAUGGAAUGUGUUAGUACGAUUCCUAUUGACGAUGUUGAUGUUGGUCCGAUUAUGCUUACUAGAGGAUUAAGGCAAGGUUAUCCCCUAUCAUCUUACUGGGAUACUUAUAUUUUACACAAUCUAUUCAAUAGUAGAGAUUCUAAGAUGAUUCAAAGUAUCCCAGUGAGCCGAAGAGUGGUACCGGACAGUCUGAUUUGGAGGUGGGAAUUGGGAGGCAGAUUUACGAUUCGGAGUUGCUACCGAAAAAUCAUAGUCGAAUUUCAGGCACCGGACUGGAAGGGAUGGACGGUGAUGUGGAAUUGGCUUCUACUCCAAAAUUAAAUCUUUCUUCUGUCAAGCUUGUAGCAAUAUUCUUCCAACAACAUUCAAUUUAAGAAGGCGGACUGCCCGGUGAAGUGUGGAGUAUGUGGUAGUGGCGAUGAAUCCUUGCUACACCUGUUUGUUCAGUGUUUGGUGGCCAGAGCAUGUUGGAGCUCGGCGGUUGGUCUUGAAUGGGUGUGUUGGAGUAUUUCGUGUGAAAGGAAUCAAAGGAUUUGGAAUGGGAAUGGGAAGAAGAUGGAAGCUCUAAGCUGGUUAAAGGACCAGAUUUGGAAUCGUGGAUGUGGAGUCCGAUUCAUUAAUGGCCAUAUCGAAAAUCUGCAAAGGUUCAAGCAUCUCUUCUUCAUUUGGACUUUGGGCAAAGGAUAUUAGAGAGUUCAGUUUUAUGGUCAUUAGUCAUUACUUUUUAUCGUAUUAGGGGAUAUAUGUAACAAUAAUUUUGCUAUAGGUACCCAAAGGUAUACCCAUUGUACCUCAUAUAAAAGCUCUCUCCAAUUUUCUUCUCUCCUCCUUCCUUCUCUCCUGCGUCUUUUUCUUUUCACGCAGCCCCCAUCCCCUCAUCCCCUCCCAUUUCUUUCUCUUUUCUCUCCAAAUCUUAAUUUCUUCUCCAUUUCAAAAUCUCCCCCUUUGUAUAAGGCUUCUCAUUUUGACCAUCUUUCCCCCUCCAACCUUCUUCUUCUGCUUCUCUCCUCUUCUACUUUUUUUUCGUUUCAAAUGCAGGAGCUACAGUAAUUGGACGAACGGGGGGAGCUCGGUGACGUUGGAUAGCUUGACAUGGGUAGAGCUCGGUGACGUUGCCGACGGCGGGCCUACGCUGGUUGCCGUUCUGGAUGCAAACUCAAGGGAAGACAACGACGAAGGUGCAGAUAAAGAAGCUUUGAAUGACUUGAGCAGAUCUUUUUUUCUUGAUUUUUUUUCUUUAUUUUUUGGUGUGUUUUCGAAAUAAAAAGGGUUGUCUGUCUGACAGGCAACUUGUAAGUGCAGUGUCUGUAUUUGUUAGGAAGACUCGUGAAGUUGUUUGUCAUUUGCUUGUUAGUUGUUUGUAUUUUUUUGAGUUGCAUGUAUUUGUUUUGAGUUGUUUGUAAUGACUUUUUGGUCAUGUUGUUGUGAGGAGUCUGUAAGAGUCGUGAAGUUGUCUGUCAUUUUAAAAAUACAUGUUUGUAACUCAUAUUUAAUUGUUUGUCAUUUGAUUGUGAGUUGUAUGUAAUUUGUGGUGUGUAUUUUUUUAGAUGUACAAACAACUUGUAAGUGCAAUGUCUGUAUACUCAAACAUGGUUUCAUAGUUGGUGAAACCUUGAACUAAAAUGUCUGUCGCACAGACAACUCAUUUGUUUGUCUACAUAGAAACAUUGUCUGUAUACACAUGCAAGUAUUGGUACAACUGUAUUUUAUAG